AUGGCGGACGUCGAGACAGCAACCGUGGACAAUUCCUUCGCUGCGUCUGAAGCCGGCGACGACCAGACAGCAACCAACAACACAGUCAGCGCGACCGUUGGCACUCGACGUCAGGCCAAUGGAACCAUCGGGUCCGUGUAUUCAGGAAAUAAAAUCAAACAUUUAAAGAAAGAUGACGGUAUCCCACUCUGGCGCAAGGAUAUUCAGUACCAGUUCCUCAAGCUUGUCUUUGAGGACAAGACUCCCGUCUUUACUCGAUACUCGGAUGGAGCCAAGAAUCUUGAUUUUGCCGAUGUGUACAUCGACUGCAUGGCGAGGAGCAGCAAGACGAGCAAGAUUCUCAAGGAUAAGCUGCAAAGUGAUAAAAAAGCGGCUAUCAGUAUGGCAAUGGUCUGUCUUUUGGUCAACUUUGGUCGGAUGAAUACUACUCUGAAUUUCUUCCCCGAAAUGCGCGCGCAGUUGAGAACCUACCAUUCCAUCCCAUCCCUUCAGGCAGACCAGGAUCCAAACGCAUACAAACAACUACAAGAUGCUCCACGUCUGAAGUCGAUUUUGAAAGGUGCCUCUGAGGAUAUAGAUCAACCACCGACCAUGGAAAAAGUCCGGGAAUCGCGUAAACCUCGCACCAACCCCGUCCAUCUCAUUUUCCUUCUUGCGCAGUAUGCGCCCAAGAUCUCGGAGAUUCACUUCUUCCAACCUCGCGACUUUUUUGAUCUGGUCAUGCGCAGUACUCUUAGCAGCCAAAGCCGAGCACGAGCUUUUCUAUGGUUGAUGUGGUGGUAUCUUGAGAGCGAUUUCACUCGAGAAGAUGCUUUGAACAACCCAUUUGGAGCAGGUUUAGAGGGCGAAGGUACUGGUGGCCUACCUAUUAAGGUGCCGGCAUUUGAGAUCCUGACAGAGGAGCAAGCGGAAGAAGAGAACCGAGAUACUCCUGAGGAACUCAGAUAUGGAGAAGAGAAACAACGAGAACGAAAGCGUAUCCUAGAGGAAGACGAGCCUCUUCCGAGAAUCACAAAGCGUGUGAAGAAGCAAGAUUCUGGUCUUGAUGAUGAUCUACUUUCUGCCAACUCGACUCCCCUGCAUCCGUCAGCUCGACGGCUUGUGAUGAACGAAGAAGAGGAGGACUGGUCUACACCUGGAUCCUCUGGUCGUUUGAAGAGCAAGAAACCGCGUGAUUCGUCAGUUAGCCGAUCGACCGGUCAGCGUCUGGUGCUUAAAACGAGAAUGGAUGCUACUGAUGCGGCAUCUCCGGCACCACCAGGAUCUGGCCAUCCCAUCCUCAAUCAAUACGCUACCGACAACAUAACUCCAAGCCAUAGCCACUCGAGUCGACGGCCUCGUCCAUUGACACAGCACCAGCUAGCUGUCGAACAGAAUCGUCGCCAUCGUAUAGAGUAUCUACUAGCUCAACGAAAGACUGAUGCCUACAAGAUUCUGAGGGCUCGUCGCGAGAACGAACCUACUUUCAAUGGGUGGAUGCGCCUUUUGCCGCAUCUGCCGGAGCCUAGAGCUUCCUUGGAUGGCGAUGAUAUACCACCUGAGAUUGCACAAUUGAUGAACGGGUCUACAGAUUAUGAAGAUUUUGGAGAAACUGCGCAUUAUUAUCUAUCAGUGACUCGCAAAGCGAUUAGGAGAUUGGACCGGUGGGACUGGGAGAAAAUCAACGGACCCAGCAAAGACCGUAAGAAGGCCAGAGAAGAGCGUCAAAAGGCUUUCCAGAACGGUACUGCGCUUUUGGGAGCUGGAUCUUCUCGCUCGGUCCGCUCUCGACCCAGGCCUCCACGACGCAAGCCUGCUCCAAGCACGUCGACUCCUUCGAGACCGCAAAAGCCUAUUGCACCGAAGGACGAAGCCCGCGAUAGCCUAGCGGCUAAUGCAAUUGGAAAAGGCGAAUCUAGGAAAGCAAUCGCGUCGUCUAGUCGAGAUUUUGAGGAGUCCUUUCCCGAGAAAGAUGCACGCGGAGAGGGAAGCGGCCAUGAUGAUGAUACUGAGCAUGAUGACGAGGGCGGUGACUAUAUGGAGUAUCCGUUGUCAGAUCUCUCGGACGCGGAGGAGGACGAAGACAACGGAAACUCUCCAAUGGAGUAUGUGUCAGACCUCUCUGACUCGGAAGAUGAAGUUAAUGGGGAUGGCGAGCAGCGAGCAGAUGAGGACGAGGUUAUGGAGGAUCAAUAA